AUGAAAUCUAUCCUUCCCACCAAAGAAGGUCUUCUGACAAUGCCAAUUGAAACGAUUGACAUCAUAAUAGACUAUUUAAAUGUCAGAGACCUACAAAAUCUUUCGAAAUCAUGCCGACAGCUUCGUCGUGCUGCAAGGAUCUUUCAUUUUGGCGUUAAUUCACCAAUCUGGAAAGAUAUAACUAAUGAUUUAAUUAUCGCCCCACCAAUCUCAAAUUAUCGAGAUGGCGUCCUCAUCGAUGGAAACUUUUAUAUUGUUGUUCUCACUGAAAAUGCACCUAUGUGUUGGAUUCUAGAUUUUGCCCAAAGCACGGUCAGAUGGAUACAAGUCCCUAUUUUAAUUUCGAUGAAUCGUGAAGAAUACCAUCCGAUUAGAUCUACCGCUGGUGCCGCAAUAAAAAAUGAGAUUUAUAUGUUUGGUGGUGAAAGUAUAUUAACGGGGCAGCCAACUAAUAUAAUGUAUAGGCUAGAUAUACGGACCAUGAACUUAUGUAAGGUGAUUGUGAAUGGGAAUUACCCUACUCCAAGAUUAAUGCACUCCUUUGACUCUGUAGAUAGUGGUCAUAUAAUACUUUUUGGAGGACGUUGUAUGACGCAUGGAAAGGAACUUUAUGAUACAAAAGACAUUUUCAUUUAUAGCGUUGAUAAAAAUGUUUGGGUCAAAUACGAUCAGAGUUCUAACCUUCCGUACCCAAGAUCUCUCCACACGAGUGGUGUGAUCAAUGGGUUGCUGUACAUUUAUGGCGGCCAACACCUUACCUUCCAUUCUCUAAAUUCCAUUCACGAUGACGACGAUAUGUGGGUUUAUGAUAGUUGUAAAAACACUUGGCGAAAAUACCUAGCAUCGCCGUCAUCACGUUUAUGUCUUCCAAAAGAUUGGAUACCGACGAGUGGUAUAGGCCCCGGUAGAAGGUGUGGAGCAGCCAUAUUUAUUAUGCGUCGUAAAAUAAUUAUCUUAGGUGGAGCUCGAAAAUACAAUGAUACGGAAAAAAACGAAGAUAUGAAUAUUUUUUGUCCCGUAAAAAAAAAUUGGGAACGCGUUCAAAUCGAUGGUAUGCCGAGGCUAGAGUGUGUCGCAAUCAAGAAUCGAGGCAAUAACGUCUUUAUUAUUGGCAAAAAUCGUGAGGCGAAGAUCGUUAUGGGCUGGAUAAUGGAUUAA